AUGGGAAAAAUGUGCACGAUUGUGGCCACCGUUUUGUGCAGUACGUUGCUGUUGGUGUCGAUUGUCUUCAUCGGUGCCGUUAGUCGGUUGGAGGAGACGGGUGGUGCUCGGUAUGGUGAAGGAAAGCGGUACAACGAGCGGAUGGUUGCCGAAGAGGCCGGCCAGUGGGAGCUAGUUUCCGCGGGAACCGUUGCUCCGGCGGAACAAUUGGUUCACUUCGAUGAAUUGAAGCGGGAACAACAACAACCGCGAGGUCGCGGGUUAGACUCGAUGCUGGAUGAAGAUCUGAAGGCCGAGAAUAGUCACGUGGUCGUGCAGGUGUACUCGGUCGACUCGGAUCAGGAGCUGCCAAACGAAGCUUCCUCUGGUGGACCGACCGUUCGCACGAUGAAGGUGCACAAGUACGGAGUGCAGAAGGAACAGAUGGAUGGCAGGGCAACGGAUCGGGUGGAACGGAAGGUAUUCGCUCCGGCACGAAGUAUCCAGGACCAAUUGGCCAACGUAGAGUCGGCUGAGCAGCAACAGCAACAGCAGCAGGAGCAGCAGAACCAGCCGAUGGCCAAGGAAGCCUUGCUUCAGGAGCGUUUCUACGUCGAUGAUAGUCCCGAUAGGGAACAGGUGCUACCGGCUCGUCGUAGGUACAGUGCCACCUUCGGUGGUAAGGACGAAACGUCCGACGACACCGAGAAGGAGCCACAUCGGGCGGCACCAGCUAAAUCCCAAGCCAUUCCACCAUUCUUUGACUACAACGAGCAAACGAGUCAGCGGAUGUUGGAUGAAUUCUUCGCCCUGCGCAAUCAGGAAGCUCUGGCCUCCCGGCGAUCAAACUACGACUGGGACGAGGGACAGUUCCGCUCGCGUACAUUGGAGGAAAUCAAAAACCAACACCGGGCAACGGUUGCCUCGCGGAAGAAGGUACCGGUGGACUAUCCGACUCAAGCCGGUUCUAGAAGUGAAUCCGAUAUGAGCUACGAUCGGUACGCCGACUACGCUGAAAUGGAACAGCGUAUGGCCAGCGGAUUUGGACCACACAAGCUGGGCCGUAAGCAACGGGCAACACCUUCAACCGCCGGUAGCUCAACGCUCGUUCUCAAUCGAACCCCGAUCGUGUCCACUGACGGUGAUGGAUCCAUGCCACUGCCUGGUAAGGGUAUCGAGCGCUCCCGGUUCCAUUACUCGCUCCCCUCGAUGGUGUUCAACCCGUACGCCUGGGACCCGUACCAUCUGAAUAUGCUCCGGUUUCCGCAGUGUAACGCCUGUCAGCAGAAUGCGCGAGCCCUCUGCGGCAAGUGUGGCAUGUGCAGCGACUGUUGUGCCCACAGCAAGUGCACCUGCGGCUGCCUGAAUGGGUGA